CAGAGGCUUGGCCGUGGAUGUGCGGGGAAAACAAGCCUUAAGCUCACUCUUCCCCGGUCUGUCGCCCUCCCCCGGUGCCCACCCGCGCCGUCCUCGCAGCCCUGGGAUGCUGGCUCGGGAGUUACAAGGACACCGAGCCGGGACUGCCCUGCCCGAGGAAAGCAGAGGGAAGGAGCGGGAGAGGGAGGGGGCGGCGGCCGGUGGGAACGCAGGUUCUUCCUGGGAAUCGGAGCGGGACUGCCGCGUUCCCCUCGAUUUGCACCGUCUCUCCGACCGCCUGGGAAGAAGAGGGAGGCGCUGUGCGUGCCGCGGGGUACCUGGCCCUGGGCGCACCGUGUGCGUGAAGGUGUAUGUGUGUCUGCGCCCGCUCUCUCAGGGCUCUGGGCUCCCGCAGCGCCCAGAGAGAGUUCGAGGGUCAUCUCCAGAAACUCGCAGAAACUGGAAGAGGAAUCGACGGAUUUCUCUGGCAGUCGUUUGCACUGAAUUUAUCCGAAUAAAGCCCACUCUCAGGCAUCCAGCAGAACCAGCUCUCCACUGGCAAGUACUUGCUGUAGCAGCCAUCUUGUCACCAGGAGGAAAAGUGCAAGAAAACAGCAGAGACUUAAUUCUGAUGUCACUGGGACAUGGACCUACCAUCAUACCAGGGAUUGAACUCGGGACCUUGCACUCACCAGGCAGGUGCGGCACCACUGAGGGCCUGCUUCAGCCUCUAGAAGCUAAAAGGACUAUAUCCUCCUUCUUCCUGGCCUGGCAGUUGAAGUUCCACCAAGCGGACACCCCAUCCGGACCUCUGACUCUCAAGGGGUGAGCAGGAGGUUGGGGUGUGGAAAGCCUUCCUGCACUUCACCAAGCCUAAGGCAGUGGCACUGACUGUCUAGGUGGGGCAGAGAGGGAAGAUGGUUGCUGCCAUAUCCAGUGUGAUAAUGGUGGCCACUCAGCCAAUGGCCCAACUGGACCUUUCUAGUGGCAUGACAAACUGCACCUCUAUUCCCAGCCACUCCUGGUUCCCAUCCAUUUCCCAGUUGUGAGUCUCCAGUCUUCUCACAGAUUUCUCUGAGCUUCCUACUAUCCUUCUGAUAAAGUCAUUUUUUGCUUAAAUCAGCCAGAGCUUGUUUCUGUCACUCACAACCAACAAUAUCAACUGAUUUGCCACAGCCUGGCUCAUUGGGUGGCUUCUAAAUGGGCCCGAUGGUGAUUACUUCUUAGUUGUACCUGCGGGAUCCUAUGAUGGGUACCAGCAUGGGGCCCUGAUGACAACCAGCCUGGCUGAAUGCCUCCCAACCAGCCAGGUAAUGAUUUCAAGUGAAAAACUUAAAAUUCAGCAAUGAGAAUCAGUCAUGCCAGGAUUGGGUGAGGGAAUCAUAUUAGUGAUUUUAUCGAAUUCCUACUGAGUCUUGGACACUCUUCUAGGUAGCUUCACAACAUUGCCUUUUUCACCUCUUAGCAAAGCCCAGUGGGGAAAGAAUUAGCCCCAUCUGGUUUGAGGGUGUACAGAAUCUCUCCCCUUUCCUUGUAGCCCUUCCUCCCACAGCCUGGAUGGCACUCAAUGUGUUUGAUUACUGUUUCUAAGCCAUCAAAGGACAUUAUCCAGAUUGACCACCUUAGGUGACAAUCAACUCUGAUUCUUCUCAGCAGAGCUUAAGAGCUUAAGUGUCUGGUACCUUGCAGUGCUCAAAAAACAUUUGUGGGACGUAAUCAACAGCACAGAAACACCUGUGGGCUAUAGUUCCUAGGGAAGGUGGUGGCCUGUGUUCGAGGUCUCAUGUGCAUGUCUGAGGGGAAGAGAGGUUUCAGUCCACACCGCAUUGGACUCAGUGGUGAGGGACUGCAUCCCUCACCUGGGCCAAGAUACUUCCGGUCUCUGGGCUUGUUUAUACUCUAUUUCUGUCUCUAUUCCUGCUCCCCCACCUUUUCCAAAGCACUAAUGAAAGGUGCAAGUGAUGCCAUUUUACUUUUAUCCCUCAAAGAGUCUUCUAUGAAAUCAAAAAUAAUCAAUAAAUAUCAG